AUGAAGGUGUCAUCUAAAGCAGAUCAUGAAGGCAUCCAGAGGAUUGAUGUUGAAGAAAAGCCUCCUAAUUCGAAUAAAAACAGUUUAACAGUUGAAUCUGUAAUUUCAAACGGCGAGAAAGGCAAGUCUGGUAUUCUGGAAGAUCUUGACAACCGUCUGAGUAUUUCAACAAAGAAUGACCGGAGUUCAGUUCCAUAUGAUGAUGAAAUGCUGAAACUCGUGCGAGGCACCCUUGAGUCAGCUGGGUUAAAACAGCAAAGAGAUGGUUCUAAUGAAGAUACGAUGAGCCAGUUGGAAUUCCAGCAAUGGACUGCUGGAAUCCUAAACGAUGAUUAUGUCAAUGAAGGUAGUGUCACCAAAGAGGAUCCUGCUACAACUAUAAAUAUGAAAGAUCAUCACUCAAGCAUAGCUCAUGGUAUCGAUAGCUUUAGUGACUUAGCAGUACUCGAUACUCAUUCACAUCACACUAAAUCAUCAAAAUCUGAUCUGAAAUCAAAAACAAGCACCGGGAAUAAUGGUUUUGAUAGAAAAGUGGUUCAUCAUGAUUCCACUAUGUUAGGUCCUCUUGAUGCAACAACAUUUAUUCAUGACGCCUUACUCAACGUAAAGACGCUGGAAAGUCUCACGAGCUUGGAUUCAUAUACAAAAAAGAGUGAUAAUGAAAACAUUGCAAAUGUAGACAAGGCGAUAUCUCAGCUAACAGAUAUCGAUGAUUCUUCAGCAGAAAAAGAAGUUCAGCAUCUAGCCGUCCAGGCAGUUCAGCAAGCUGUUGCGGAAGCCGAGGCAGAAAGGCAGCAAAGUAAGGAUAUUCCGCUAAAAGUUGAAGACAAGAAUACUUCUUUUCAUAAGGAAAAUGUUCCUAAUCAUGAAGAGAAAGCUCUAGAGCCCCGGGGAAUCAAGCGUUCCAGAUCCCUAAAAGCAUUGGAAGAGAAUCAAAGAUCACCAAAAAGGUCACUGCUGAAAUCUCUAGCUCGUCUAUAUGAUGAUAAGGAAUCCAGCUUAAUAAUAGAGGCUAUUAUAAAGGCCAAAGAGCAGGUUCCUAGAGGGGUUCAGGGACAGUACUUCUCUGUGAGUGAAGUUGCAGCGUUGGAUGUUUUUAUACAUGAGUACUGUCGGAUUUUUGGAAUAUCAAUAGAUCAAAUGAAACAGCGAAUAUGGUCAAACGGAAAGAAAAAGGACUGUUUUUGGCGAUGUCUACAGGAAGUCCUACCUGAAAGAAGCAGAGCUUCAUUAUAUAAGCAUGUGCGCAGAUCUUACCACAUAUUUAAAGUGAGAGGUAAAUGGACCAAGCAAGAAGAUGAGCAGCUUGCAAAGCUUGGUAAGCAGUUUAAUGGCCGGUGGCAGUUGGUGGGGAAAAAAAUGGGAAGAAUGCCAGAAGAUUGUAGAGACAGAUGGAGAAACUACAUCAAAUGUGGAGAAAAUAGAAAGACUGAUAAAUGGACUCCCAUGGAAGAGGAAAAAUUGAUACAGGUGAUUAGUGGUAUGCUGAAAUCCCACGAUUCAGAUAAAGCACCAAGAAUCAACUUCACAAAGGUUAGCGAGCUGAUGGAUGGUACCCGUUCCCGUAUUCAAUGCAGAUAUAAAUGGAAAAAGCUUCAAAAACGAUAUGAAGAGGGAAAUACAACAGUGAAUGUUAAACGCUGGUUGCUUUCUCGGUUGAAAGAGAUAUGGUCAGAAGAGAAAACAGAGCAUAUAGACUGGGAUGCUUUGGCGGCUGUUUUUUCAAGACCUGCCUGGAAGGGUAAGGAUUUACAUUCAUGCUUCGAAGGAAUGAAGAAUAGUGUUCAAUGUCAGGGUAAAACGUUUCCGGAAAUAAUUGACAGACUUCUAGAAAAGUAUAGGUCUGUUUGA